AUGUUCCAUAAUACGCAACUUCUACGAAUGGACGAGCGUGAUAUUUACUGGAAAGUUGAGGGUGCAGACUAUCUUCGCAUUCAUAGUCGAAAUCGGCAACUUCUGACUCUCACUUACCCACUCACCAACAUGAGAUGGUGUAUUGAAUCCAAUUUAGGUGUUCCAAUUCCCGGAGCUAAUCUCGAGCUUGAUGCAGAUGAGCCUAUUCUCGAUGUUCCUAUUCAUGAUGUUGACCUGCCAGUGCAACAACAGCCUUUCAUGCAUCCUCACCAUAAUAUGUACGUAUCCGAAUUUAAGCUCUUGCACACUAAUUAUAGACGCCUCCAUCACGAAUAUACCAAUCUUAAUGAAAGUGCUUGUGAAAUGAAUACGGAGAUGGUGGAGUUGAGAGAAGAAUUUUAUGCUUUUAGAGAAAACCAACAAAACACAACUAGUAUGUGGACACCCUUAUGA